AUGUCUGAGCCCAUCAGGAAUAAGAAGGCCGAUUUCCCGGUCGCUCCGACCCCGCAAAACACACCGGCCAACAAUGCACCCAUCUCUUCUCACGCCCAGCAGCCUGGUGUCUCCAGCAUCAAGGAGGAAACUCUGGACAGCGCUACUGCCGCCUCACUCUUCGCCCGUAACCCCGCUCUGGUCUCGAUGAUCCAGGGUAAGCUGGGCCAGCUCGUUGGCCGCUCAUCCGGCUACAUUGAGUCUCUUCCUCCCGUUGUCCGCCGCCGUGUGGCCGGUCUGAAGGGUGUUCAGAAGGAGCACUCUCAGUUGGAGGCUCAGUUCCAGGAGGAGGUCCUGGAGCUCGAGAAGAAGUUUUUCGCCAAGUUCACCCCUCUGUACGAGCGUCGUGCCGCUAUCGUCAACGGAAGCCAAGAGCCCACUGAGACCGAGGUUGAGGCCGGCAAGGAGGACGAAGAGGAGGAUGAAGAGGAAGAGGGCGAGACCAAGGAGACCGAGGAGAAGCAGGAGGAGGGUGAGCCCACAAACGGUAUCCCCGAGUUCUGGCUUUCCGCCAUGAAGAACCAGAUCUCGCUCGCUGAAAUGAUCACCGAGCGGGAUGAGGAGGCUCUCAAGUACCUCACCGACAUUCGCAUGGAGUACCUCGACCGCCCCGGAUUCCGCUUGAUCUUCGAAUUUGCCGAGAACGACUUCUUCACCAACAAGACCAUCACCAAGGCCUACUACUACAAGGAUGAGAACGGAUACGGCGGUGACUUCAUCUACGACCACGCCGAGGGCUCUGAGAUUGAGUGGAAGGAGGAGAAGGACCUUACCCUUCGCCUCGAGAGCAAGAAGCAGCGUAACAAGAACACCAAGCAGACCCGCGUUGUCAAGAUCAGCGUGCCUACCGAAUCUUUCUUCAACUUCUUCGCUCCCCCGCAACCCCCCACCGAGGAUGACGAGUCCGUUGCCAGCGACAUUGAGGAGCGCCUCGAGUUGGACUACCAACUGGGUGAGGACAUUAAGGAGAAGCUGAUUCCCCGUGCUAUUGACUGGUUCACCGGUGAGGCUCUUCAAUUUGAGGAGUUGGCUGAUGACAUGGACCCCGAAGACUUUGAGGAUGAUGAAGAUGAGGAUGAGGAUGAGGACGAUGAGGAUGAUGAGCAAGGAUCAGACCACGAUGUGGAGGAUGACUCCGAUGAUGAGGAUGGCGCUUCUAAGCCCAAGAAGGAGGCUGCUGAGUGCAAGCAAAACUAG